AGCGCAUUUGCUACGUUACUGUGACGCCAUAUUGACUUCUUGUCCAAUGAACGGUGUCGCUAUCAGCAAGCAGCAGGUGCCGACCACUUUAGCGGGUUUAGUCAAUUCGUAAAUUUGAUACUGCCCGAGUUAGUUAGGUUUAUAUUUAUCUUUAAGAGAGGCUACAGCCCAUACAUUUGCUUAUUGCUUCUACUGUAUCAAUUUUAUGAGUAAUUUAAAUACAGCUAGAGAUGGAACUCGUACCUAACAAAAAAUUUGGUGUCCCCUAAAGUAAAGUUUAACCUGACCCCUGUGGCUCGGGGGGAUUAGAAUACGACCACGGUAUCCCCUGCCUGUCGUAAGAGGCGACUAAAAGGGGUCACACACACACAGACUCAAGCAAAAAAUUGUAAAAGUAUGGCAAAUGUAUGAAACAAUGUAAAAUGCAAAAGGGAAUGAGAUUUGAAAAAAGGCGCGUAAAGCGCGCGUGGCCGAAAAUGUUCGUUGGGCAAAAGGGGACAGUAAAAGUCCCCCAAGUACGCCACCCGGAGGAAACGGGAUAUAAAAAUGCAUCCUUUUUUCCCGAACCGGGGAAAAUUAAAGUAAAGUAAAGUUUAACCUCAUAUUCUAUGAAAAAAAGCGUUAGUUAUAAUCCUUAGUACAAGCUCCUAUUAUUGAAAUCCCUCCACAAGGGGUUUUGCCACGUUGUUCAGCACGGCUUAGAGUCGGCUCUUUUUGCCCUUAACCUAGUGAUUUUAUCGAGGAUGUAAUGGCAGUACUAAUAAGCUGCUUGGAUGGAUACUCGUGUGAUUCCACGAAAACCCGCUGUGAAAAUUCAUGAAAAUGGCAAAGAAGCGUUCGCGUACGAAUGGUAAACAAAACUAGGAAAACCUGUGUACAGAAGAAAGAUAUUAACAAAUUUCUAAAAUGUAACUUUGAAUCAGACAUAAAGAUUUAAUUGUGGUGUAAAGUCAACAUUAUAGUCGGUAACUCAGGUUAAAUUUUCUGCUGUUUAAUAGUUAAGGAAAAUAAAGAUUUUAAUACAUUAGGACAUUAAAUAAUGGAAACAACAAAAAUUAAUAAAGUAUCAAGAAAUACGUGUAAUCUGCUACAUAAAAAAAUUAGUAUUAGAUCUUUUAAGCAUGAUGUAAAUUCUUAUCAAGAGGUAUUCAUUUGUACCCUUUUAAAAGAAGUAUUUAAUCACAAAUUGUGAUAAGCAGUAAAAAGAUAAAUAUAGGGAUAUAAGACACAUGUUGGAGUUAUAUGGAAUAAUUGUAUAAAACCUUAUGGUCUUCAAAUAAAGUACAGUUAUAUGAUUCAUAUAUAAAACUGGAAAAAUGUAUUCAAAUAACAUCACGAACAGAAGAUUAUAUCAUAGAGGACAAAUUGAUGUAAUAGAUAUGCCAGUACAAUUCACAUGUAAUUAUAAAUAUUUUUUUGUUUAUGAAGAUCAAAUAUCUAAAUUUGUAGUAUUAAAAGGCUUACGUGAAAAUACAGCAAAUGAAGUAGCUAUAAAGCUCAUGGAUAUAUUAACUAUUAUUGGAGCACCGCAAGUUUUACAAAGUAGAAAUGGACGUAAUUUUGCAGAGCAAGUUGUAAAAGAAUUGCGUUUAUUGUGGAAGGAUUUUAUAAUACUUCAUGGAGAAAUUUUAGAGAAUAAAGAAAACAGCAGAAAUUUUAAGGAUUUACUUGAAGAUUGGGUACGGGAUAACCCAACAAAGACAUGGUACGAAGCUUUAAAACAUGUACAGAUUAUGCAGAAUUCGACGUUUCAUUGUGAAAGCGGAAAAAUUCCUUAUGAAAUAUUAUUUGGACGAAAUGUUCACGUAGAAUUUCAAAAGCAAACUAGUACUGUAGAUUCAAAAGAAAAUAUAUGGGCAGAAGAAGAAUGGUUUAAUACGAAAGAUGACGGUAAGAAGGAUGGAAAUGAAAACUUAACUGAGGAUUCAAGCAUGAGGGAUGCAGAUAGUUCAAGGGAUUUUGACAAUGACUCCUACAGUGAUGUUAAAGAUGAUCCUCAAAGAGACACUCCUGGUUUUAAUUUUGUUAAUGUUAGAAGUGAAUCCUUAAAUAUGCAUACUGAAGAUUCAACAUUUGAGGAUGAAUCAGUGGCAGAAGAUAAAAUAAAGAUAGAAACUCAAGAUUUAAAAUGUACAGUUUGUCAGAAACAGUAUAUGAAGCCUGGUCAUUUAAAAAAUCAUAUGAAAACACACAUAAAGAGAAGAAAGUUGGAAUGCAAACUCUGUAACAAAAAAUUUCAUGUUUUAAAUUUAUAUGAAAAACAUGUAAGGCAAUCUCACAAACUCAAAUUAUUCAAUUUGAGUAGAACCAGAAGGAGUAAGGAUUUACAAGACGAUUCGAUGUUAGAUGAAAAACCGCCUGAAUCAAAGUGUUUUUCGGAUGGAACUUUGAGCGAUACAGAAUCCAAUGUAACUGAUAAAUCUCCGAAAACAACAAAAGAAAGGAAAAAGGUCCCUACAGAGAAUCGGCCAUUAAAAAUGAACGGAGACCCAGGUCUGAAAUGUACAUAUUGUAAUCAAAAAUUUAAUUUUCCUAGUGUACUGAAAAGACACAUGCGAUCUCACACAAACGAAAGACCGUAUAUAUGUGAAAUUUGUAAUAAAAGUUUUAAACAAUUGGGUCACCUUAGUCAGCAUACAUUAACGCACAAGGAUUAUCGUUCUUUCCACUGUACAGUUUGCGGGGUACAAUUCGAGACGUUGAGCUCGUUAAAAGUCCACACUCAAACACACAAGGAAGACUAUGUUUCAAAAACUAAAGAGCAUUUUCGUUUAUUCGAAUGCGAUAAUUGUAAGAAAGUGUUCACUACUAAAAGUGUUUUGGAGAGGCACAUACUUACCCAUUCCCAAGAACGUCAAUUCGCUUGUGUAGUUUGUGGAAAAAGAUUCAAACAGGCAGGACACGUGAAGUCUCAUAUGUUGGUGCAUACAGGUGAACGAAAGUUUGAAUGCACUGUAUGCAAAAAGAGAUUCAGUCUUUCGAAUUCUCUUAAGAAACAUAUGUACGUACAUAAUGGGGAGAAGCCAUAUCAGUGCGACGUGUGCGGUGCACGGUUCCUCGAGAAGAGAAAUCUAAAUGGGCAUCUAAUGACUCACACGAACGAGCGUCCGUUUCGCUGUAAAAUUUGUGGAAAACGGUAUACUUUGGCGGAUACUCUGCGUCGCCAUAUAAGUGCAGCUCAUGAAGAUGGCCGCACGUAUCAGUGUGAAAUUUGUGCAAAAAUGUUUAAGCAACUUGCUCAUUUAUCUGUUCACAAAAAGGUUCACAAUGAUGAGCGACCAUUCCAGUGUCAUUUGUGCGAGAAAAACUUCAAGCAUAAAAAUGUGCUUAAAUCUCACUUGGCCAUACAUGCUAAUGUCAGGCCAUUUGAAUGUGAUGUGUGUAAGGCUACGUUUGUAAGAAAGACGAAUUUACAAACGCAUAUCGCAUCAGCUCAUAUGAACGAGAGACCGUAUGUUUGUAAUAUAUGCGAAAAACGAUUCAAACAAAUUAGUCAUUUAAAUGGUCACAUUGUAGUACACAGUAAUUUAAUGCCUUAUCAAUGUGAUUUCUGUGAUCGGCGAUGUAAUAGACUGGAUAAUUUGAAAAAGCAUAUGCGUCUUCAUACGAAGAACAAAGAACAAAUAGUAUAAGAGUAUUAUUCGAUACAAAACAUUUGCAAAUUGUUUCAAUGUGAAACUGAAAGUGUAUACAGUAAUGCUCGGUUGAAUUUCACUACGUUCGGAAGCUAGCAGUGAAAUUCUCGCGAGCAGGGUAGCGUUUGUAUUCAGCUGGGUACAGACGAGCGCGCCGCGGUUGCAACGCGGCAUGGAAGCGAACAUGUCACGCGGCAAUACUGUAAUGCCGCGCAACGAACCAAUUUCUGUCGGUCUUUUGUGCGAACACAAAGGGGUUCCUUGCCGCAUUGUGGACGGUUUUCUUCGGGUUUGCCGCGGCAUCUAUUUGAGGUGCGUCUGUCUUAUUUCUUUUCAUUGAAUUCAUUUCCUGUCCCUGUCUACUGAAAUCAGGUUUCACCGAGCUGAGCUGAGCUCGCUGCGCUGACAGGUGGGGGAAGAGUGGGGCUGGAUGUGGAAAUUUAACCGAGCAGAUUUUAGUGAAAUUCAACCGAGCAUUACUCUAUUAACAGUAAAAUCAAAUUAAUUUUAAACUGAUUAAUUUACGUUCGCAUGAAACUUGUAGUAUAUUAUUUGUAACCAUGCAUGUACUUCUAUGUAGCUAGUAUACAUAUACUUGUAGGUUUUACAUAUUUUUUUAUCUUGAGCAGAAUCUCAUACCACUUAUAAAAGUUCUAUUCUUUUGAAAAAAUGAAAAAGAAACAAACGAAGAUUGGUGUAAAAGAAAAUUUCACUGUAAUGUAGCUACAAGUUUUAAUAUACUUUGUGUUACUAAUUAUAAACUUUACAGCAGUCUAAACAUAAUUAGGAUUAAGAUGUAUAAUUUUACUGUAUAAAUAUAGAAGAGAAAUUUUUAACUGAAAUCAAACCCUUAAGUUAUACAUGUAAGUACUUUGUGUAUUUAAAAAAAAUAUGAAUAGUAAAAUACUUUUUAUAUAGAGUAUGAUA